AUGGCCUCCCUCUUCUCGUUCCGGCAGACAUACCGCUACCUCCAACGCCAGGCGCACGAGCAGCCUGUCAUCUUCUACUCGCUCGUCAUUGGCCUCAUUGGACCCGUUAUGCUCGUCACUGUCCCGCCUAUCCGCAAGACGCUGGGGUACAGGUACUCCGACCCAAUCCCCACAAGCUAUCCUGUACCCAAACGUGAACGGAGGCCAGUGCAGGGAUACGAGGACGAGUGA